CGCGGGCGGGGCCGGACGGAGCUGGAGCCGCAGCCGGAGCCGCCCGGCCCGGGUCCUGUGGAGCGUGGUGGCGGCACUGGGCCCCUUCUGAUGGGAGGAUGGUUGUGCUCAGGCAGUUUAGGCUGCUGCUCUGGAAGAACUACAUCCUGCAGAAGCGGCAGAUCCUGGUGACGCUGAUCGAGGUUUGCCUGCCGCUGCUGUUUGCCGCCAUCCUGAUCGCGCUGCGGCACCGCGUGCACUCCGUCAGCCACCCCAACGCCACCCUCUACCCCCCUGAGUCUGUGGAUGACCUGCCCAGCUUCUUCUCCUCCCAGCACGCCAGCAACCCCUGGGAGCUGGCCUAUGUCCCCUCCAACAGCAGCGCCGUCCGGAGCAUCGCCGAGGCGGUGGAGAAAGCUCUGCCCAUCAACAUCAGAGCUCAGGGCUUCCCCUCGGAGCGGGACUUCGAGGAGUACGUCAGGCUGGACAACCGCUCGGGCAGCGUGCUGGCCGCCGUCGUGUUCCGGCACCGCUUCCCACACAGCUCGGCCCCGCUGCCCCUCCAGGUGGAGUAUGAGCUGCGCUUCAAGUACAGCCCGAGGAACGCCCCGCGGAGCGAGCAGACGGGGCUGAACCCCAACCUGGACCGGGACUGGCACACCAGUUACCUCUUCCCGCUCUUCCAGCUGCCCGGGCCCCGCGAGGCCAAGUUUGCUGAUGGGGGGACACCAGGUUAUCUCCGGGAGGGAUUCCUGGCGGUGCAGCACGCAGUGGACAGGGCCAUCAUGCAGUACCACACCAGUGCCAGCUCUGCCAGCCUGCUGGAGAACAUCACCGUGGUGGUGCAGCGCUUCCCCUUCCCGGCCUACGUCAAUGAUCUCUUCCUGCUGGCCAUCCAGAACCAGCUGCCACUGCUGCUCAUGCUCAGCUUCACCUACACCUCGCUCAACAUCGUCCGCGCCGUCGUCCACGAGAAGGAGAAGAAGCUGAAGGAGUACAUGCACAUGAUGGGCCUCAGCAACUGGUUGCACUGGAGCGCCUGGUUCCUCAUGUUCUUCCUCUUCCUCCUGGUGUCCGUGUUCUUCGUCACCGUGCUUUUCUGUGUCAAGGUGAGCGAACAGGGAGCGGUGCUCACCAACAGUGACCCCACCCUAGUGUUCACCUUCCUUGCCAUCUUCUCCAUCUCCUCCAUCUCCUUCAACUUCAUGGUGAGCACCUUCUUCUCACGAGCAAAUGUCGCCGCUGCCGCUGGUGGCUUCCUCUACUUCUUCUCCUACAUCCCCUACUUCUUCAUCUCACCCCGCUAUGACCUGAUGUCACACAGCCAGAAGCUGGCAUCCUGCCUCAUCUCCAACGUGGCCAUGGCCAUGGGGGCACAGCUCAUCGGCAUGUUUGAAGGGAAAGGGACUGGCAUCCAGUGGAGGGACCUCAUGAAGCCCAUCAGUGUGGAUGACAACUUCACCUUGGCCCAGGUGCUGGGGAUGCUGCUCCUGGACUCGGUGCUCUAUGGCGUGGUGGCCUGGUACGUGGAGGCCGUGUUCCCCGGGGAGUACGGUGUGCCACAGCCCUGGUACUUCUUCCUCACGCCCUCGUACUGGUGUGGGCGGCCCAGGACUGUUGUGGGGAAAGAGAAAGAGGAGGAGGAGGACCCUGAGAAAGCCUUGAAGAGUCAGUACAUUGAGGAGGAACCAGCUGACCUUGUGUCAGGCAUCAAAAUAAAGCACCUAUCCAAGGUCUUCAAAGUGGGAAACAAGACAAAAGAGGCAGUGAAGGACCUGACAGUGAACAUGUACGAAGGGCAGAUCACCGUCCUCUUGGGACACAAUGGUGCUGGGAAGACCACCACUCUGUCCAUGCUCACAGGUCUGCACUCCCCGACGGGCGGGCAGGCCUACAUCAACGGCUACGAGAUCUCCCAGGACAUGGUCCUGAUCCGCCGCAGCCUGGGGCUGUGUCCCCAGCACGACGUCCUCUUCGACAACAUGACAGUGGAAGAGCACCUCCACUUCUAUGCAGGGCUGAAAGGAUACCCACCCUCCAAGUGUCCUGAGGAGAUCAACCACAUCCUGAGGAUCCUCAACCUGGAGGACAAGCGCCGCUCCCUGACCAAGGCUCUCUCCGGGGGCAUGAAGCGCAAGCUGUCCAUCGGCAUCGCCCUCAUCGGGGACUCCAAGGUGGUGAUGCUGGAUGAGCCAACGUCAGGGAUGGACCCAGCCUCUCGCAGAGCCACGUGGGAUCUCCUGCAGCAGCAGAGGAGCAACAGAACCAUCCUGCUGACCACUCACUUCAUGGACGAGGCAGACCUGCUGGGGGACCGCAUCGCCAUCAUGGCCAAGGGCGAGCUGCAGUGCUGCGGCUCCUCGCUCUUCCUCAAGCGCAAAUACGGGGCAGGAUAUCACAUGGUGAUGGUGAAGGAGCCCUACUGCAGCCUGGGGGAGAUCUCCCGCCUCAUCUGCCACUACGUGCCCAACGCCACCAUGGAGAGCAAUGCUGGGGCAGAGCUGUCCUUCAUCCUGCCCAAGGAGAGCACACACAGGUUUGAGGCUCUGUUCACGGAGCUGGAGCAGCGGCGGGAGGAGCUGGGCAUCGCCAGCUAUGGUGCCUCAGUCACCACCAUGGAGGAGGUGUUCCUCAGGGUUGGGAAGCUCGUGGACUCCAGCAUGGAUAUCCAGGCCAUCCAGCUGCCUGCUCUGCAGUACCAGCAUGAGAGACGCUCCAACGACUGGGCCAUGGAUGACUCCAGCAGCCUGAGUGGCAUGACGGACAUGACGGAUGACAGCGGGGCGCUCAUCACCGAGGACUGCUCCAGCAUCAAGCUCAACACUGGGUUCUACCUGUGCUGCCAGCAGUUCUACGCCAUGUUCAUGAAGCGCGCCAUGUACAGCUGGCGCAACUGGAAGAUGGUGGCAGCACAGUUCCUUGUGCCACUGAUCUUCACUGCCUUUGCCCUCGUGGUGGCCAAGACCUUCCCGGGCCCACGGGACUCGUCCUCGCUGCGGCUGACGCUGGAGCCCUACGGGCAGACCAUCGUGCCUUUCUCAGUGUCGGGCGCCGCGGGGCUGCCGCAGAGGCUGGCGGAGGAGUACACGGAGCUGCUGGAUGCCCAGCGUCAGUCGCCACUGGAGGUGCUGGGUGGGCUGGAGGAGUACCUCAUCUCCCGGGCCUCCGAGGAAGGAGGAGCCUUCAACGAGCACUACAUUGCAGCCGCCUCCUUCGAGGGCGUGAGGAACCGCACGCUGGUCACUGCGCUCUUCAACAACCAGGCCUACCACUCCCCGGCCACCGCCCUCAUGCUGGCUGACAGCGCCAUCCUCAGGGUGCUGGCAGGCCCCAACGCCUCCAUCACCGUCACCAACUACCCCCAGCCCCGCAACAUCACUGAGAAGGCCAAGGACCAGCUCAUGGAAGGCCAGACUGGCUUUGCAAUUGCCAUCAACCUGCUGUAUGGGAUGGCCUCGCUCGCCAGCACCUUUGCGCUGCUCCUGGUCAGCGAACGCGCCAUCAAGGCCAAGCACGUCCAGUUCGUCAGCGGCGUUUAUGUGGUCAACUUCUGGCUUUCUGCCCUGCUCUGGGACAUCAUCAACUUCCUCAUCCCUUGUGCUCUGAUGUUGGUGAUAUUCCAAGCCUUCAAUGUGCAAGCCUUCACCCAAGACAGCCACCUCGUUGAUGUGAUGCUGAUCUUCCUCCUUUAUGGUUGGGCCAUCAUCCCCCUCAUGUACCUCCUCAGCUUCUUCUUCUCAGUGGCAGCCACAGCCUACACCCGUCUCACCAUCUUCAACAUCCUCUCUGGCACCGCCACCUUCCUCGCCGUCACCAUCAUGAGCAUCCCAGAGCUGGGCUUGGUGGACCUCUCCAAAACCUUGGAUAAAGUUUUUCUUGUCUUACCCAAUUACUGCUUGGGUCAGUGCAUCAGUGACUUCUACCAGAACUACGAGUUCAUUCAGUUCUGCACCUCCUCUGUUGAAGCCAUCUUCAUCUGCAAGGCCUUCAAUAUCAGUUACCAGAUGAAUUACUUUUCCUGGGAGACCCCUGGGAUCGGGCGGUACCUGACCUCCUUGGCUGUCCAGGGUUUCUCCUUCCUCUUCCUCCUCUUCCUCAUUGAGACAAACCUCCUCUGGAGACUGAAAACUCUGGCCUGUGGCAUCUGCAGGCGGCGGAAAUGGGUGGCCCUGCUGAACAGGGUGUCUGUGCUGCCAGAGGACAGGGAUGUGGCAGAUGAGAGGAAGAAGGUUUUGGAGUCACCACCAGAACUGCUGUCGUCUCUCAGCAGUCCUCUGGUCAUCAAGGAGCUCACCAAGGUCUAUGACAGCCGGGAGUCCCUGCUGGCAGUGGACAGGAUCUCCUUGGCAGUCAGCAAAGGGGAAUGCUUUGGUCUCCUUGGCUUCAACGGAGCAGGCAAAACCACCACCUUCAAGAUGCUGACGGGUGACGAGAGCAUCACAUCGGGGGAUGCCUUUGUGGAUGGCCACAGCAUUCUGGCCAACAUCAAGAAGGUGCAGCAGCGGAUCGGGUACUGCCCGCAGUUCGACGCCCUGCUGGAGCACAUGACGGGGCGCGAGACGCUGAGCAUGUACGCGCGGCUGCGCGGCAUCCCCGAGCGCUACAUCGGCAGCUGCGUGGAGAACAUGCUGCGGGGGCUGCUCCUGGAGCCACACGCCGACAAGCUCGUCAGGACCUACAGCGGUGGGAACAAGCGGAAGCUGAGUGCUGGCAUUGCCCUCAUUGGUGGCCCCCCUGUGAUCUUUCUGGAUGAGCCCUCCACUGGCAUGGACCCCGUGGCCCGGCGCUUGCUCUGGGACGCGGUGACACGGACACGGGAGUGUGGCAAAUCCAUCAUCUUCACCUCCCACAGCAUGGAGGAGUGUGAGGCGCUGUGCACACGAUUGGCCAUCAUGGUGAACGGGCAGUUCAAGUGCCUGGGCAGCCCCCAGCAUCUCAAAAGCAAGUUUGGUAGUGGAUACACCUUGCUGGCCAAAACCCGGAGUGAGGAGGAGGGUGAGCUGCAGGCCUUCAAGGCCUUCGUGGAGAAGACUUUCCCAGGCAGUGUCCUGAAGCACGAGCACCAGGGAAUGGUGCAUUACCACUUGACCAACAAGAACCUCAGCUGGGCACAGGUCUUUGGGGCCCUGGAGAAAGCCAAAGAGAAGUAUCGCUUGGAAGACUACUCGGUGAGCCAGAUCUCCCUGGAGCAGGUCUUCAUGAGCUUCACUCGCUUCCAGCACUACACAGAGGACAGAGGGAAAUGAGCCCUUCUGGUGCCCUUCGUCACGGACUGGCCCUCAGCCUAUACAUAGUAUAUAUAGAGACAGUAAUUUA